CAAGAAUAAGAUUUGUGGUAUAAGGGUAUGGUAUAUUUUCUGGGUGAUUGGGGCAUGGGAGAUAUUGAACGUACUACGGCGCAACAUGUCCCUACAAAUUUGCAGCAACUUAAUUUCCACAACCAUGCCAGUAGUCAUCAGCAACAGCAAUCGCAACAGCAACAUGAUCAUCAGCUUCAGCAGUCGCGUUCUGCACAGUACAACAAUGUUGCCCAACAGCUUCAACUGCAGCAGCAAUCGCCGCAACAUCAGUCCCAACGUUACGAACGGUCGAAUGCUGCCGGUGCUUUCCUUGUAACGAAGAGUGACAACAUCUCGACGUACUUGAAAGAGGUCCAGCAACAGCAACGGGCUCAGCAGUUUGAAAUUCGACAAAAUAGCGGAAAACACACCAACAGUAGCUUUCAACAACACCUACUGCGCACCGCAUCUGGAGAUCACCAUGAACAAGAGCACCACCAUCAACUGCAGACUCUGCCCUUUCACCCCCAUAACCAACUACAACAGCAAAAGCACCAGCAGCAUACACACCAUGAUGUCGAAAGCGACGAGGAUGAAAUCGCCCUGUAUCCUCUCAAUAAUCAGGUUGGCGGCCACACGAGACUUCUGUUACUAAAUCAGAGUACUGUGAUCAAGCCCCUUAACCUUCGAGAACUCGAGUUCUAUCAAAACAUUCCCAGCGAUAUACAGCAGUUUGUUCCAAAGUACAGGGGUGUGAUGCAAGCUACUACUAUGGGUGGUUCUAAGCUUGAAAAACGUUACUCACCCAGCUUCCGGGAUGAUCCUGUACGAAAGACUGCAGCAUCGAAAAGAAAACGUGAAGAAGUGUUACGGAUGAAAAUACAUAAAAAUGGAAUACCUUCCGAAGUGUUAAAAAGUAUUGCACAGAUAGACAACUCUAAUAAACAAUAUUAUUUGAUGCUGGAAAACAUUACUUCCGCUUAUCGAAACCCUUGCAUACUGGAUCUGAAGAUGGGUACCCGCCAACACGGAGAUGAUGCGUCGGCGGAAAAACGUAGCAAGCAAAUGGCCAAAUGUGCGGCUAGUACCUCCGCGUCGCUAGGAGUACGACUUUGUGGCAUGCAGGUUUAUCAGGCAAAUCUUGAUCAUUACAUGAAGCGGGAUAAGUACUGGGGCCGUGAACUCACUGAGGACGGUUUCAAAGGAGCGCUACACAACUUCUUUCAUAAUGGCUACCGGUUACGGGUGAAGGUUAUUGCAAAAGUGCUAGGCAAAUUGGAGCAGUUACGACGUGUUAUCGAAAAACAGUCGAGCUAUCGGUUUUAUUCUUGCUCCCUGUUAAUUGUUUAUGAAGGAUUCGAAGAAAUGCCCGCGACUUACAGCGGUGACUAUCAUUUGCUCGAAACGGAAUCGAACUCCUACUGCUAUGAUGCGGACGCUUCGAACAGCUCAAUCGAGCAGUACCUGUUGUCCUCCUCAAACGAAGAGUCUUCAAUACCGUCAAACAUGGCUGCGUCUGUCGAUCAACGCCGUACAUCAUCGUCCAUGGCCACGGCAAUAGCAGCAAUGGCAGCGGCAACAAAGGCUACCACGCUCUCCACAACAGCAACCACCACUCUUCCCAUGUUGCCACCACCAGUGAUAACUGCUAGUGUCGAUGAUAGUACAAGCAAGGGUAUUUUUGCAGAUCAUCACUUCCGCAGCGUUGUGACGGACGAUGAUAACAACCGGCAAAGACGGAUUAGUAGCAGUCCCAGUCCGCACGAUGUACUUACUCCUGACACUAAGACAGUUCCUUUUGUUCCAAUAUCAGAAGAAACCAUAUAUCCGGGAGGACCCACAGAUGAAGGGUCAUCGUCGCCAAGUGAUGCCAUUCCUAUGCCGACUGGGGGAACUUGCGCGAUACAAACGCUCACGAGUUCCAGUCCGCACUCGAUGGACUCGUGGAUGAACUACAGUAGUAACAGUAACAGCAGCAGCGAUGAUUACGCUGCGGCAUUUGUAGUGCCGAAUCAUCUGCAAAGUUCAUCUGUAGGUCAACCGAAUGCUGGUUCCGAUUUUGAAGUUAGCUUUGAUGGUGAAGGAGUUUGUGAUCGAAUCGACAAUAGAGACCAUAGAAUGGGAAACGCCGGUGUAGUAGAUUUUAGCACCAGUAUUAAGUUCGGCCACAACAAGCUCGUGAACCAGAGCAGCAAUAUUAGUAAUAACAACAGCACACCGAAUGGCAACAAUCCUAAAGAUAGUCACGGUGCAAGGAUGGAGAUGACUGAUGGUGGGCAAAGUGGAGUGGUACAUGGAAGCACGUUCGAGGAAGGACACCAUGACAACUCCGACGCAGGGUACCACGAGGACGAAGAAGUAGACGAUGACGAUGAGGAAGAGGGCGAGGUGGACGAUGAAGAGGAUCGACAAUUGCUUCGACAGAAACUCUUAGCAAGUAACAGUUCCAAGCGGCUUCGUGGUAAAGACAGCGGUUGUACCGGAGGGUCUGUUGGUCCAGGAGGUAACAACAUUGCCAACAGCAAUAGACCAAGCGAUGGUCCCUGCUCAAUACCGUUGCGCCGGAAACUUAGCUCCAAAUCAAAGUCUGGUUCUUUGGGAGGAGGCACAUGUAGUGGUGCGAGCGCCGGAUCAUCUGGUGGGACAUUGGCGGAUGUACGGAUGAUUGAUUUCGCGCACACGACUUUCGAGAUCAAGAACGGAGGCUCGUCACUGUGUAGCAGCACAAAUGUUAAAGUGCAUCACGGUCCGGACAGCGGGUUCCUGCGCGGGUUGGAUAGUCUGAAGCGCAUAUUGUCCGAAUUAUGCGAGGAGUACUACUGA